UGGAGACAUCCUUUCCGUUAGGUGUGGAAGUACGUUGCAAACCGCGUUCUCAUUUUCACGACCCCGACAACGCCCUCUCUUUCUCUUUCUUUUCUCUUCUCCACAGAAGAAGAACAAGAAGAAGACCCGAUAAUGGAGAUUGGAUCUUCUCCUCCUUUCCGGUCGCCAUUUUCUUCAACCUCCAAUUAAGGCUGAAUUUUGAUCUCCCAACCAUCGAAUACGCAACAAGUUGAGGUUCCGUACCAUGUGAUUUGGCGAUGCGUUGGUUACCUAGCAUUUCCUUCUCGUCGUCCGGCGGUUCCUCGUCUUCCUCGUCCAGAUCGUCGCCGGUGGGAGGAGGAGACGCCGGAGAGAGGAGGUCGGCCGAGGACAACGUGCGAGGAGGAGGAUGGCGGUUCGGUUCGAGAGUGAAGAUCACGCGCCAGAGGAAGAGCCGGCAUUUGAGCGACCGAGACUCCCCAGGGAUGGCCAAUUUGAGGUCUUCGAGCGGCUACGAUAAGCUUCCGGCGAGGUCGUCGUCGACGUCGGGGAUUCCUCAGCCCCUUCCGUUGCCGGAAUUUUCGCCGGGUGCUCGCUGGAAGGAAAGGAGCGCCACCGGGUCCAGUGCCUCCGGGGAUUUCGAUCGCCCGUUGCCCUCGCCGAAGGCUGGGCCGAGCAGAGGAAUUGACGACCGGGAAAGGGAUAGAGCUGAAAAUGCUCCAAUUCGGAGUAUAUUUUCUGUUCGGGACAAGAGAAAGAAUGCAAUAACAGGUCAAUCGGAAACGAGGGCUGCUUGGAGGGGGCGUCAAAAUGAGAAUGGUUUUGAUAAUUUCAGAGUGGAGGUUCCAAUUAGGAGUGCUCCAACUAGUCCUCUUGAAAGUCCUGCACUUAGCCCCCAACGACCAAGCUUUGAUCUGGUCCCAUAUCAUCUUUACAUGGUUCCUAGAGGAAAUCAAGUCUGGUCUGCACCUGAGAUGCCAACCACAGAUAUGAUGUCAGGGCUUCCUCCCCCAGCAUUCUAUGAUUGUUCUGCGUUGAGUACUGACUGCUCACCAUCAAGCAGUCCACCCAGUAAAAACAUCUGCCAGCUCUGCAGAAGCCCAAACGGGUCUUCGUCACCAUUCCCUGCAAGGCUAUCCUUCGAAACUGCUUCAGCACGUCGGGAGAAUAGCGUUCCUGUAGAGGUUCAUCCAUUGCCUCUUCCACCGGGAGCCAUCACCAUCCAUUCGCCAUCAUCUUCCAUUCCCCAAGUUGCAACUAAACCAGAGCCAGUGCCAAUGAAAAGUCAGUGGCAAAAGGGAAAGCUUAUUGGUCGCGGAACAUUUGGAAGUGUUUAUGUUGCUAGCAAUAGAGAAACUGGUGCUUUAUGCGCUAUGAAAGAAGUUGAACUAUUUCCUGAUGACCCCAAAUCUGCAGAGUCUAUAAAGCAGUUGCAACAGGAAAUCAACGUUCUCAGUCAGCUCAAGCAUCAAAACAUUGUUCAAUAUUAUGGUAGUGAAAUAGUUGAAGAUAAAUUUUAUAUUUAUCUAGAGUAUGUUCAUCCUGGUUCGAUAAAUAAAUACGUCCGGGAACACUGCGGAGCCAUUACAGAAUCCGUUGUUCGCAAUUUCACCAGACAUAUUCUCUCUGGAUUGGCUUAUUUGCAUAGCACAAAGACAAUUCACAGAGACAUUAAGGGGGCUAAUUUGCUUGUUGAUUCAUCCGGUGUCGUUAAGCUUGCCGACUUUGGGAUGGCGAAGCAUCUUACUGGCCAAGUUGUGGAUCUUUCUAUGAAAGGAAGUCCAUAUUGGAUGGCUCCAGAGCUCAUGCAGGCUAUGAUACAGAAAGAUAACAGCUCUGAUCUUGCCCUUGCUGUUGAUAUUUGGAGUUUGGGUUGCACUAUUGUAGAAAUGCUCACGGGAAAACCUCCUUGGAGUGAAUAUGAAGGAGCUGCAGCCAUGUUCAAAGUUUUGAAGGAUACUCCACCGAUACCGGAAACCCUAUCAAGUGAGGGCAAGGAUUUCUUGCAAUGCUGCUUUCGGAGAAAUCCUGCGGACAGGCCAACAGCUGCCAUGUUACUUGAACAUAGAUUCUUGAAAAACUCACACCAGAUGGAUGUCCCUUCUUGCACACAUGCAUUUAGUGGAUUAAACUUAAUGGAUAAACCCCAUAGUCCAACAACAGAACGAUCUGAAAACAAACUUAGUCAGUCACCAAAAUCGCUAAGCACGCAAGUUGUUGGAGGAAAUGUUGCCUCUGAGAGUGAGAGCGGACAGCAAUGUCGUCCUGAUUCUUCUGAUGCAACAAUUACAUCUCGCCAUUCUCCACGUUCUACACUUGAGGGCGUUCCUGGUUUAUCUCCUCCGCACUCAGCCCGCAAAACAAAUUGGCCAAGCUAUCGUGACGCUAAAACAAGUCGGGUUUUCAGUUAAUGCACGGAAAAGAAAUUCCUGCCAUUUCUAAUUGCUUUUGGUAUAGUGAGGUCCCAAAAUUGAGCUAUACACUUAACGUAGAUGCUCCUAUAGGCGUGUUGCGGAAACAAAGCGUUACUGUAGUUGGUUUGCUGCCGUGUUUUGCUUCGUUUUCAACUUCUGGCUAAUUUAGAAGCAGUUUUUGAUGCUGACUUGUUUAAAAAUUCAGCAAAAAUCCUGUAACUAAAAAAUCUGUUGGGUAUUUAAUGUGCCAUAAAUGGUGUCAAAGUGUAUACGUAGAUAAUAGAAUGUCAAAAUUGUUGUUCUCGUCUUGUUUUCCUCUGGGGAGUAAUGAUACGUAAUCAAUCUUCAAAGGGAGCUUGAAUUCUUUACCAUUGGGGUCGCCUUUUUUAAAUAUCACAAGCAGUCAAGCCUACAAGUUACCUAAACAAAUUAUGCAAAAUAAAUAAAUAAAUAAAACAAAAAAAAA